GGCCUGGAGAGACCGUCGCGGAUAUGACUAUCUAUAACUCGUCCUACUCCAAGGCAAACACAAAACAAUGUUCUCAUGACACUUAUUCCACAUUGCCAUUGCAGUGGAUUUCUUACUUGUGGGCUAAGCCAGAUCCACUUACCGACCGUUCACCACCCAUCCGUUCUGGAUACCGUUCAGACCUGCAAAGCAUCAUAGCCGUGGCAACAUGAUUACUCUACAAUGAGUACAACAAGAAGCUUUCUACGGAGCUCUUCUCCCCUGGGGCGCAAUUCAUCGCAAGCCCAGCUAUGGAGAUGCGACGAGUGAUACUGUUCCUAUGCACGCUCAGCACAUGGAGCGGCAAGCCACAACGCUGUGGCUGAAGCUAACCGAGCCCAUAUCAACACGACCAAACACCCGCUUCGCAUUAACACUUCACAUUUCUCCAAUCAGCAAGAAUUAAGUUCCCGAUACAAUACUUCUGUACUUGACUACGUGUUACAGAUAUCGCAAAGAAUAAAAUAUUCAAGCCGGAUGAUUUGCUGUGGUUGACCUACCCCAGUCGUUGCUCCAGGAUUUGGCGGGGGAGAAUGCGGCGCCAGCGCCAAGACAUCUCGAGUUCACCUCAACUUUGGACUUCACUUCUCAAGAGUAUAUUCACUUUCUCGGCUUCAUAAACGCCACUAUGAGAAAAAGAAGGAGGCUGGAUAAGCGCAAGCGAGUGGGAAAAAAAUCGUUUGCAAAAUGCCGCCCACGAUUCCGUCCUCCUACUUUUUUCAACAAUUCCUUCUCAUACUCUAAUUGCAAACCCAGCUACACUCUCAUCAUACCAACUCGCAUCAUUGCAAUACCAAAACAUACAAUCCACUUCAAUCCCUACUUCAAUCCUUACUUCCAUCCUCACUUCCAUCCUCACUUCAAUCAUCAUGUCCGACUUCUGGAAUGACCCAGCGAUGCAGCAGAUGAUCGAUGACUGGCAGCCUUGGAUGUCUCAAGACGCGGACAUGGCUCCCGGAGGCAUUGACAGAUUGCUAUCCUUCAACCAACAAGGUACUUUGAUUGCUAGCAGCGAGAGCAAUACCCAUACUACCCAGACCCCGAACCAAGCUGGCUCAAAGAGUAUCGAUGAGAACGCUUCAAAAAAUUCGGGACCCUUCGAGGAGCUCUUCGACGAACAAGGUGGUUCAGAUGUUACUGACGAGUACGGUACCAAUGAUGCUGGUUUCGUGAAGGGCCAAGAGUGUUCCGAGGCUACCUACGAGAAUACCGCCUGUGGAAUGGGAUUCUACGACCAGCAAGACGCGUCGGAGGCUACUUACGAGAACACUCCCAAUGAUUCGGAUUUCUUCGAUCACCAAGAAUCUUCUGAGUAUUCUCCUGAGAAUGCUAUGGAGCAGAUCGAGCGUACCUACAAGGAGGAGAUCCAACAACUCAAGGCCGCCCACGAGAAGACCAUCAAGGAGAUGGAGAUGAACUUCCAGCAAGCUCUUGCCGCUAAGGAAGCCGAAGUCAACACCGCAAAGGCGGAGGCCUACCAAAACCUCAAGUGCGUGCACCAGAUGUCUCUUCAGGUCAAGAAGUUCGCAGAGAACAUGAAUGCCAUGCAGAUGAAGAUGAAACAGAUGAAAGCCACAGUCAACUCGCUCAACUUCCCCGACACUCCCAACUCCUCCACCUCAACCACCUCUCCCGACACCAACUUCUCCUUCACCUACCAUCCCUCUCAAACAUUCACUCCGACACGAUCAACCCAACCAUUCACUCCCCAGAGCCCAGCUCAGCAGUACUUCUUCGACAAUGGCACCGGCACCGGCACCGGCAUCUCUAUCCCACCUACCCCCAUCCCCUCCACCCCGGACCCGGCCCCAACCAAGAAGCGCAGGGCUUCAGCCUCGCCCUUCAUCGGGCAGUUCUACCAAUGCCGGCAACAGUGCAACAACAAGAUCCCCAGCAAAGAUCCCAACGGCAGGGUGGCCUCGGCCAAAGACGGCCGCACCUUGUUCUGCGGAGUGAUCAACAACCAGUACAUGGCUGGUGGCAAGACUCCUGGCGAGCACAGACAGCGCUGUGUCAACAGAGAGUGUAGGAAGUACACUGAUGUGAAGGAGAAGCAUUGGGUGGAGGGGUGGGUGGUGGAUGUGUAUGGGGUUGGGGGGAAGGCGCCGAUGGAGACUCCGAAGUGGGUUGUUGCAGGGGGUGUUUGA